AAAACAUGUAUUUCAUAGCACCAUAAUGUAGGACUGGAAAGGACCCCUAAAAGGUGUCUAGUUACCUGCUUUCAUUUCAGGAAUGAAUAGUCUUACAAACCCUUGUUCAUCUUGUUCCAUUAACCUUGAUUUUUAACAUAGCAUUAUGUUCAAGUUCUUAUUUACUUAUUUUUGGUUUGGAUAUUUUCCCAAAUGAUAUUUCUGCCAUCUUCCUUCAUUUGAUCUGCAUUUGUUCCCAGACAUUUGUUACUAUAUUGACAUACUAACUAGUAUAUAUAUUAGUUAGAUCAUGAAGUCACAGGCAAAUGAUAUGAGCACUUAAAAAUAGAUUGCUUGAGAAGGAGACAGGGAUAGUAUGGGCAGCUGUAGCCAGUGUGGGGUUUUGACACCAAAUUCACGUGCAGCACUCACUGGCAAAGGUCACCGUAUGUUCCUGUUUAUGCAGCAAGAGAAAAUUCCAGGCUUUUUCCAUUCUGACACAAGCCUCUGGUAUUUACUCUUGCCUUUAUUUUUUUCUUUUUUUUUUUUUAUUACCUAAGGCCUAAUGCUGAAGUCCCAUACAUAAGCAGCUAAAAUCCCUGUAGAAUGAGAAUUUCUUACUUCUUGGAAUUUAAAACAUAAAGAUGUUUUCUUGAACUGAGUGGAGGCAAUAUGUGCGGUGGCCACAUGGCAAUGCAAAACCGUCAUGUUUCUGUACUUGCAAAUCUUCCCCAGUACCAUCUAGUACUCCUGGAAGAGGUGCUAUUUUCACAUAAUCAUUGCUGUCGCCCUUUAUGGCAGGGGGAGUGUCUUCAUUCCCAAGAUGAAGAUUUUUCUUCAAGAAAGUGGAUACUAACUAAAGAGUACAUAAUUAAUAGUGCUGAAAGUGGCAGAUGGCUUGAUGAAACAACGUACGAAUGGGGAUACGAAAUUGAAAAAGGCACCCAUUAUUCACCUCAAAUGCAAUCUGCACCUAAAAGAUGGCGCGAAGAACUGACACGCUCUGGUGCUCCAGGGGCCUUCCACAGAUGGAAAGUUGUCCUGCACGUUAAGGAAGGUGAUAAACAAAUGGCAUCUAUCAGAAGAGUUCUUCAAGCUGGAAGGGCAGCCAUAUGUUCAUCGCAAAGUGCAGAGCACAAUAUAACUCAUAUUUUCGUCAAUAAUAAAUUUUUUCCUACGCAAAGCAAAAAAUGUCGUUCUGAAGCUCAUUACUACCCUGUGCAAUAUCUAGGACAUUACAUUUUUGAGAAUGAGAUACAAAAUACCAAAGAUAUUAGAAUGGACCAUUUCCCGGCUGCGCAAGAAGGAGACAAAAUCAUGUCGAACAUGCAGCUUGCUGAAAUGAAAAAUGCCGUUAUAAAACAUAUGUAUUUUGCUGCAGCUGUUCAGCACAGGUUUGCUCAAAAAGACCACCUGGACAAGUGCUGCCUAGAGGUGAAAAAUACUGACCCGUCCAGAGGCGCAUGGUAUAUACUUGAGGGAUUAGUUGAAGAGUAUUUAUUUCCUGAUAUAAUCACAGAACUUGCUGCUAGUCAAAAGUACUCUACACCUCCUGUGCAACUUAUUCAUUCUCUUCUACAAUAUGUCCUAUUGGGAAAUACUGAUGCAUUAUUUUAUGCUAAGCUUCAUCACAUUUUGUACCUUGUUCUUCAACAUGAUCCCCCUUGGAAGUCCCCAUCUAUGUUAAAGUAUUAUUUGGAACUUCUUCAGUGUCCUGUCUGUAAGAAAGGCACAUGGUCCUUGAUAGAGAUGCUUGUAAGGUCUUGCCUUUAUUGCAAAACCAUUUGUCAUGCAGUCCCAGUUUCAGGGGGAAGAGAUGAACAGAGGAUAGUUCACAAACGAUUAUUGAAGUUUUUCUUUGAGUUAGUAAAAUCUGAAGUAGAAUAUCUGACAAAAAGUUUGCUUGAAGGGACCAAUUCACAGCAUCAGCAAGUCAGGCCACAGACAGUUCUUCUGAAGACCUUUUGGCUGGGAAGUGAAACCUCAGUGCUUUUUACCAAAAACAUAAAUAUUUUAGCAGAUUGGGUCAUACUUUCCCAUAGAGAAUUGAACAGACAAAAUGAUGCUUUCAUAUGUGAAGUAGGUGAUCUAUUAAAUGCAAUUCUUGGAACUGUAGUGGAAUAUUGGAUCAUCUCAAGUUUGCUUAUGGACAGAAAUGUGUUUCAUCAGAUACCUGAUGAUUUGGCACAGUACCUUGCUAUUGCAUGUGAUGAUUUUUCGAUACAUGAAUUAAAAAUGUUCAUUUGUUCCAUACCAUCCCUCUGGCUUCAAAUGUUUGUCGCAGAAGCAGUUUUUAAAAAACUGUGUUUACAGAGGAAUAUAACUAUUUCUAUGGAACCUCUUUCUCUUCAGAAAAUAGUCAGUUCCUAUUUGCCUGCUUUGCAAGAGAUAGGGAUGCAUGAAGCAAGAGAGAUACACAAAACAAAGAGAAAGAAAAUAGGGCAAUGGCCGUGCCCUGAGUCUCAAAGGGCAUUACAGAUGCUAAAUGGCAAUAAGCAGAACCAAGUUAAAGUGCUGCCUGAUCUACCAGACUUUAAGAAGCGCCCUCCAUUGACACAGAUGGUUGGAGCAAAAGCAGAAGUUGAGGCUGCAUAUACCAAAGAGAAUCACUACCGUUUGACUGAAGAGGUAUAUUUUAACAGAAGAAAUAUUAAAGGAGAGACAGCCCUGCAUAAAGCUUGCAUAAGUAACAAAGUGGAGAGAUUGAUUCGGCUUCUCUCUUUGCCUGGAACAGACAUUAAUGUUAAAGACUAUGCUGGCUGGACGCCUUUGCAUGAAGCCUGUAACCAUGGCAGCACAGUGUGUGUCCGUGAAAUUUUGCAGCGUUGUCCAGAGGUAGACCUGCUCAGUCAAGUGGAUGGGGUGACUCCUUUGCAUGAUGCACUGUCAAAUGGACAUGUAGAAAUUGGCAGGCUGCUACUUCAGUAUGGGGGACCAGUCCUUCUACAGCAGAGGGACUUCACUGGAAAAUUGCCACUGGAUUAUGUUGAGUCCAUCCCAGUAAAGCAAGAACUUUUGAAUGUUGUUCAUUGGGAAGAGAGCAUUGAAAGCUUCUGUGAACGUACGGAUCAAGAUUUUUACAAUCAGCAGAGAGAACUGUUGUUGGUUUUAUUUAGUAAGAUGCUGCUGAAUUUUUGUUCAGUUUAUAAUCUGUCUUCACCCUUUACUUUAACUCUCAGAGAGGUAGGUUGUUCAAAUGUACUUCCAGUAAUGUCUCGUGAUAACUGUGAGAUGAAAAAUACAUUUUCUGCAGAUUGGCUAGUAGGCACAUAUUUUAGAGAGCUAGAAACUUUUCAAAAGCUUCCGCAGUUUCUUCAUGAAAUAUCUGCAAACAUGGUUUUCUUCCCUGGAGAACAGAUGAAGGCUUUAUUAGCUACUCUGGAAACUAUGGUAGAGGCAUUCCAGCUCUUUGCUGAAGGAGUACAAAUUUCACAGCCUGCACGAGCCCUACAUGGCAGUAUCUCCCGUGUUGUUAAUACUUUCCUCUAGCAGAACCUGGAAGUCAGAUGCAUUGAGUCAAUGCACUUUUGGGGCAAAAUUUUUCAAAUACCAGUGCCGUUUAGUUGUCUGGCAGAUCUGGAUGCCUGUGACCACUUGUGCUGUAUCACUUGUACUAAGUUAAACUUUGUAUUUCCAGUCCUGGAAAUCUUUGUUACCCAUCUGAUUCCAUAGUUCACUUUGGUUUCCAGAGAUACUAUUGCUAAAACAAGCAGUUUUUCCUUGAAAAAGGCUUGUUCCUACGUAUUUUAAUAUCCUUUAAUAAAACUGAUAUUACAGAUAUCUGUCAUUAAACUAAAACGUUGAAAAGUAAA